UCCCCAAUUCUCCGCCCCACCUCCGAGCGCGCAGCGGAACUCUGCGUCCCAAGCGUGGUUCCCGGACGGAGUUCGACGUGGGACUCGGCCCGAUGUAAAUUUCGGCGGCCGCUCGGCGUAUGGCGGCUCUAGGACGUCCUGCUCGGAGGGUGCCAGCAGCCCUGGAACCUGGUGCCGCUCGCGCGUCCCGCAAACCCCAGCUCCCGGGCCGGGGCCCCGAUGCCCCGGGUCCUUCCGCCUUGGGUCUCCACUGGGCGCAACCCACGUGCGUUGCCGCCGCCUCCGGAGCGCACCCCGUCCGCGAUGAAGGUGUGGCUGUCUCGAAGAAGCAAAAGAAGAAGAAAACCCAGACCAGGGUCUCUGUGGCGAAUGGAGGCGAGAAGGCCUCCGAGAAGCCUGCCGCAGAGGACUCUCCCCUAAGCUCCGAGGCCCAGGCAAGGGCGGAGCAGCUGGCCCGGGAACUGGCCUGGUGUGUGGAGCAGCUGGAGCUGGGCCUCAAGAUGCAGAGACCUACCCCAAAACAGAAAGAGCAGGCCAUUGGCGCAAUCCGAACUCUACAGAGUCAAAGAACUCCCCUGCCUCGAAAGAGGCAGCUGAUGCACUCCUUGUUUGGGGACUACAGGGCCCAGAUGGAGGCCGAGUGGCAAGAGUCCUUGCGGGCUCUCAGGGCUGCUGCCCGUUCAGCCCAAGUGCAGCCUGUAGGUGAGGCCUUCAGAAAGAAGAGCCAAAGGAUCUGCAGACCUCGUCCAGCAGGGAGAGCCAAGGCCACUCUGGACAUUCCUGAUGAAGAGUUUAGGUUCAAUUUCUUUUAGCUUCUCCCCUAUCUUGGCACAGUCCUCUCUCCCUCACGGUGUUGUCAAGGUUUGUCGUGACUGUAGUGCCUUUCUAGGAAUUCUCUGUCAGCAGGUAUGAGAUUGGUUGGUUCUUGCCUGGUCCAUGCAUCUGAGUUUGUUGGGCAGGUGUGAGACUGUCAGAUGAGCAUAAGACUCCAUUUGUAGAUUUUCUAAAUGAAAUAUCUCUUCUGCCAGAAGAGAGAGAGGUGCAUUUAGGAGAGGUGCAUUUAGCUUCUAUGAUAAGCUGAAGUGAGUGUUCAGUUAUUAUUGAACUUGCUGGGUGUGGUGGCAUACGCCUGUAAUCCCAGCUACUUGGGAGGCUGAGGCAAUAGGCCAGCUUCAGCAACUUAAAAAGAUCCUGCCUCAGGGCUGGGAUUGUGGCUUAGCGGUAGAGCCCUCACCCAGCAUGAGCGGGACCUGGGUUCAAUCCUCAGCACCACAUAAAAAUAAAGGCAUUGUGUUGUGUCCAUCUACACCUAAAAAAUAAAUACUAAAGAAGAAAAAAAGAUUCUACCUCAAAAAAAAAAAGAAAAAAGAAAAGAAAAGGAGUCGGGGCUGGGGUAUAGCUCAGUGGAAGACUGCCUCUGAUUUAAUCCCCAGUAUCAAAAAAGAAUAUUGAAUUGAUUUGAUUCCAUAGCCAUCGGUGAUAAGGAUUUGUGGGGAAGCUACAUAAUUGUACAUUUGGCUCAUUUUUGAAAAGAUGUCCUACCAGUGGCCUCAUCUAGUUUGUGCCACAGACCUGUGCUUUAUGUAUUAUGUCACAUCACCCUAAUAAAUCUCCUUUUUUGAUAAAAUUGGACAA